AUGUACGCAAAUGCCUGUGAUUCGAUGUUAUGGGUCAUCACCCUCAGGUCCCCGGAAUAUGGCCAACGCAUUUCCCUCCAACGGCAGUCUAGUACAGACGUGGAAGUCGACAUUUCAGCUUGUGAUAUAUUGAAUCGUCUUGAAGUUGCCGAAGAUGAAGCUGCCUUUAAUCCGGGAUUGAGUUUCUUGUGGGCAGAAGAACGUGCUCGUCGCGAAGCUUUGCGAAAUUCUGGGUUGAUAAGUGAGGAAGAUCAGGUGGUACCCACUGCAGAUGUCCUUCUCCCACUGUCAGGUACGCCUCUUAAACUCUUCUGUCGACUUGGAAUCCGUUUUACCAGCCGGCCAAAUGCUAUCCCAGUGGACAAUGAAUUGGAUCAGAUUGAACAAUUUGCGCGUCUUGUCGAGGAGAGGUGCUCGAAUCUGGCAGAUGGCAGCGUUCAGGAGAAGUCAAUUGUCGACAGCGGAAGCAGUCAACACUCAACGUGUCUCUCCCAGCGAGCGUUGGAUGAACUGUGCGAUUUGGCGAUGCUUUCGGAGGAGUCGGACGCCUGGCUUACUUCUUCCAUCGUCAGUACGCCGACGUCUUCACUUCGCAGCUUCCUCCAUGCCAGUCCAGCGUCGUCAUCGUACAAGGACGGCGAAGUUUUGGACAUGAACAAUGUGUCUCCAUCUAUGUCCCCUGUGAGCCAAUCGAAAUCUUCUCAAUUUGAAAACGACGCCCAGACGGACGCAGAAAUGACCUUGGUGGCCAGUGCAAGGGCGUCUGUUUCGGCUUACAAGAGUGUCCUCUGUAAUAAUGACGAUGAUGAUGGGAAGGAAGAUUCUCUCGAAGAAGAAAGGGAUGAUGAAAAUCUCUUCAUGAAUUUGUCAAUGUCUGCCUUCGAUUCCACAAUGGUUUCGGAGCAGUUCGUUGAAGGUGAACAGAGCGACAACGAGGAUCUUUUCCCCUCCUUUCUCGACGACCUGACUGAACUGCCCGACGAAGUAGCGCCGUCAACAUCCACUCCAAGCCGUCUCCCUCAAACGGACGGUGGAAAUGACACGAAGAAUGCCCCGUCCCCUCAACAAGGUCGUCAUCAGCGUCGCAGACGGUCUUUGAGACUGCGCCUGACGGCGAGUUACCUGGCUUCUCCUGAAGGUCUCGACCCACCCUCGGUAGAUGGGCUGGGCGAACAGAGCCCCGUCAGCAGUCGGCUUCGUGAUUCUGCAAAUCGCCUUAGACCUAAACAAACGACAGAUAGUGAACCGCAGACAUCUCCCAACGCAGCGUUUCUCUCGAGUACUCCAUCUGCUGCACAUCACGGACUCAAAGAGUGCUUCGUGGAUCUUUCAAAAGCUUCGCCCGACGUGGUUUCUUCACCGAAUAUGUUCGAUUCGGUGCAACCUGUGACUCCGCUGCGCAAAACAGUUCCUCACUCUCGUGAACCGCUGAAACAUUCACCAUUGCCACCGUUUCAGGAGGAAGACGAUUUCCUGUUCGACCCAUGGGAAGACUGGGAUCCCACGAUCCAGCGGUUUCCACCCGACGCAACUCAGGUGUCCGACGUAAUGGACAGUUCUCAGCGCCCCUUUGAGCACCAUCCGGAACCCAUUGAGCCGCUUUCCUGUAGUCUAGGCGAACCAGAUUUCGCUUUGCAUUCCUCCGUUUACAUGACGUACUGUGGCAUGGAACCCCCCUCCUACGAAGAUGUUGAAGCUGAAUUGCUGAGGAAGAAACAGAGGCUGUGCAAAACUGCAGUGAGAAUGAGUUAUCCCUCCACGUUUGCGGAGAGCGAGGUGGCAGAGGAAGCGGUGAGUCAGGAAGCGAAGUCGAUCAAUAAGAGUUUGAGGGCAGAAAUCGACUUGUCCACUUCCUUGAGCGGACUCUGGUCCCAGGAGCAACACAAGCGGCGCGAAUCGCUCUCCGCUACCUCAACCAAACUCUCCGCGUCAUCUCUCUCUAUCAGCAGACGAGUUUACCUGCCUGUUCAGGAGAACCAUUUUUGUGUUGCCUCGCUUGAACUUCUCGUUCGCACGCGUCGCGCACACAUCGGUUCCUCAUCAAGCACCGCUGAAGCACCCAGGCCGUUGCCUAGACGAUAUAGGGGUGUUUCUCGCACCGACGGGCCCGCAAUAUCGAUCUCGCGCUUAGGCGGAUUCUACUUUCCCAAUGCUCAGUUAGACCCAAUUGAGUCGGCCUGUGUAUCCUUCGGCGGCAGGUCAUCUGUCAGCUUUCUUCUUGUAGUUUGCAGCCCGUCGGGGAAACCUUUGCUUCGACCACUGCCAAAAAAGUGUCGGGCUGUUGUAAUUCGUUGCGAAAACGAGCUUGAAUUUCUAAACUGGACGGUAUUUCUAGUGCAAAGUUUCGAUCCCGACUUGCUGGUGGGUUUCGAUGUGGAACGGAGGUCCUGGGGCUACGCUGUCGAGCGCGCGGCGAAGAUAGGACGAGUUGGAUUCACGAGAGAUAUUUCCCGUCUUGCGCCCGAACGACUUCAGUGUCCGUCGUGUCGAGCGAACAUCGACUUCUGCGCCUCACUGACCGCCUCGGAUCACGGUAGAGUGUACGUCGCCGGCGAAAUCGCCUCGGCGCUGUCCUGCUCCUGCUCUGCCGGCGGUUCCCUAGCGAGACGCAGAUCUGAUUGGCCGUGCGAACCCGGCGCCGGUCGUUCGGGCGGGCCGUUUUCGUGUCCUGGACGCGUCGUUCUUUGUCUCUGGCGAGUCCUUCAGCACGAGCUCAGUCUACACGAGUACUCCUUCGAGACGGUGGCUCUACACGUGCUCAAGGAACGUGUGCCUCGCUUCACCGACGGUCAACUCACCGCGUGGAUGGAGGACACGAACACAGCAGCCAGGUGGCUAGCCAUGGGGUACUGGAUGCGCCGUGCAGAGGCCAAUUUGCGGAUUCUCGAGCGUCUGGACUUUGUUGGACGCACCAGCGAGUUCGCGCGUGUAUUCGGCAUCGAGUUCUUCCACGUGCUGUCGCGCGGUUCACAGUACCGAGUGGAGUCGCUGUUGGUGCGGAUGGCGCGCCGUCUCAACUUCCUGCUGCCCUCGCCGAGCGUGGUGCAGCGAGCGCGCCAGCGGGCGCCCGAAACGAUUCCCCUCACCCUCGAACCUCGGAGCGGCCUCCACGCCGAGGCGCCUGUCGUGGUGCUCGACUUCCAGUCCCUUUACCCUUCGGUCGCCAUCGCCUACAACUACUGCUUCUCUACGGCCGUCGGAAGGCUCUCCAACCUCGUGUCGCACGGGUCCGAUGAACCAUUCGACUUUGGAUGCCUUUAUCAUUCAAUUUCAACAGAAACUCUCAAGGCAUUGGUUGAUCACGUGACAGUGUCUCCCAACGGUGUUGUCUUUGUCCGACCCGAAAUCUACCCUGGGAUUCUGCCUCGACUUUGGCGCAGUCUUCUCUCCUCGCGUCUCAUGGUGAAAGACUCACUCAAACUCUACUCUCACCAUCUUGAGUCAUUGAAGCACCUACUGGAUGCUCGUCAAUUGGGGCUGAAAUUGAUCGCCAACGUCAUGUACGGCUACACAGCCGCAAGUUUUUCCGGCCGAAUGCCCUGCGUUGAGGUUGGCGACAGCAUCGUCCACAAAGGCCGCGAGACCCUGGAACGCGCAAUCCAACUGGUCGAAGGUGGUGAAGCCAUCAACGCUCCGUGGGCCGGCUCUCGGGUCAUCUACGGAGACACUGACAGUCUAUUCGUCAAACUACCACCUGUUGGCAAAGAUGACGCCUUUCAACUCGGCCGUCUCAUCGCAGACGCGGUGACACACGACAAUCCUGCACCGAUCAAGUUAAAGUUAGAAAAGGUCUACUACCCGUGUCUGCUUCUGGCGAAGAAGCGCUACGUCGGAUAUGCCUACGAGUCUGCAGCCCAAUCUGAGCCAAUUUUCGAUGCAAAGGGAAUCGAAACAGUUCGCCGUGACCACGCACCCUUUGUGGGAGAGGUUCUUGAAUCAAUCAUUCGUCAAAUCUUCGACGCUUUCAAUUGGGACACUAGUCCUCCGGACAUGCCGCUUCUCGAGUCUGGCAUUCGAGAGAGCGUUCGUAAGUUCGUGGCAGAACUGAGUGUUGGCAAGGUGGCAUUCUCUCGGUGCCUCAUGGCUCGCCCCUAUCGUGGUCAGACCGGCUACCGACCGGGCGCCUGUGCUCCCGCGCUGCAAAUCGCCAGGCGUCUCAUGUCAGUUGACGUUGGUCGCGAGCCUGCUGUCGGUGAACGCGUGACCUACUACGUGACUCCCCCGCCCAGCCCCAACUCCCCCCUGAUUGGUUGUGUGAAGGCUGCUGAGGAAGCAUGGUUAUCAGCUGCCAAUCGGAUGCCGUUGCUCAAUCUCGCCUUCUACAUUGACCACCAGCUGCUGCCCCCGCUGCAGAGGGUCUGCGAACUGCUUGGCUGGAACGUGGAGAACUGGCUGCGCGACAUGCCUCGACGUCUCGUCCGCAUCAAAUCGAACGCGAUGACCUCAUCACAGGAUGUCCUGUCUCAAUCUCUGCGCGGUUGUCGACGACCAUCGACAAUUAUGCGGGAUUUCCUCAAACCCGCUGCUCAUCGACCCCACCUCUGCCUCUGUUGUGGAGACGCCCCGAUCCAGAACGGACAGUUAAUCUGCUGUGAUGCCUGUCUUGUGGAAGAUCCGAUGGCGCCUACAAAGCUGCUCGUACGAAAUGGUGUUGAGGUAUUGAAUGCAAAGCGCCUACCCUUGUAG